AAUUGUUGAGGAGCAGAAAUUAAUGGGCAGUGGAAGCAGUAAUUUGGCUCAGAUAUGCAAGAAGAAGAAGAUGUUGAUGGUGUCUGUGAUGUCGUUGCUUGAAAUCUACGAGAGAUUUGGUGAUGGUAUAGGAUCUUGUGUGACCGAGGCAAAUGACGGUGUAUGUUACAAUACUGGCCUCCUCAGUUCCCUACUUUCUUUCUCGUGAAUUUGAUGACACUGGUGUAGUAUUGGCUAACUAAUAGCUUUUAUGCUGGUUGACCGGUGUCCUCAUGCAAUCCCAGUCAACUAUUUUUUCUGGGGUUGGAUAGUAAACUAUUGCCUCCUUACAAAGGUUUUUUUUAUUUUUACUUUAUUUUUUAUUUUUUAUUUUUAUUUUUCUACUUUUUAAAAUUUCAUUUGCCUUCUUUUUUGGUUCCUUUUAACAGACAUUGGAGCAGUCUGAAAGAAUGGCAAAUAUUCUUGCAGACAAGCUCAAGGAAUCAGGCUUCCCAGUCAAGAAUGAAUUUUUUGAAGUUUUUAAACAUCUUAACUGUUCCUGUGAUGAGCGGCAACCGAAGGUUUCAGGUGGUGCUUGUGGAUCUAAAUUUGAACAAAGGGAUCCUAAAAUCCCAGUCUACACAAAAAUUCAGAGUCCUCCAAUAACAAAGGAGAAACGAGGUUUACUUUCUAUGGUGCAGUCAAAUUAUAUGUCACAGAGGUUUACAACAAAGUUCAGUCCAAAGUUUUGGACAGCUACUGAAGCUCAGACCAGGCGACCUGUGCCAGGUCUUGCGUUAUGCAAAAAAUUGUCCUCGUUUCUGUCAGUCAUCAAGAGGGGUAUUUGA